CGCGGGGCGCCGGGGGGUCAGCGGCGCUAGGAGGCGGCCGUUGCUGCCGCUUGGCUCCGUCGUCCUGUUCCGCCUGGCGGUUGCGCCCCUGCCCCGGCCGCUGAGGAGGCCUCGCACAGUCGGAGAGAUGGCCGAGCCGGACGCCGAGGUGGUGGUGGUGGCCCUGCGGGAGAAGGUGGCUGCCCUGGAGGCGGAGUUAGACGCUUGUCGGAGCCGCCUGGAGCGAGAGAAGAAGCUGCGCCUCAGAGCCCAGGCCAGCGCCGCCAAGUUACGGAGACAGGUUGAAGAACUUGAUAAGAAAAUCAGUGAUGGUGAAAAAAGUGAGAAGACAACAUCCAGCAUAGAAAUACAAACCGAAGACUCUGCUGCAUGGUUACAUGCUGAUUAUUACUAUUACCAUAAUUAUUACAACGGUUCUGAUCUUCACGAUUUAUCCAGAGCACCAGUACAGCCAAGUAAUGAUAGUGAAGGAUCACCCUCUAAUUGUUUAGACCAGUUACAAUUAGGUAACCCAGAUGCCAAUGGCACAAAGCAUGAGGAGCAUGGAGAACAUGAUAAUGUAAUCCAUGAUGUGCAGAAAGCAGAAGAUCUUUCAUUAGCAGAAAGUUUGAGAGCUGCUGCUGAGGCUGCUGUAUCACAAACAGGAUUUAUAUAUGAUGAAAUCACCGGAUUAUAUUAUGACCACAGCACUGGAUUCUAUUAUAACUCGGAAAACCAACUAUAUUAUGAUCCAACCACUGGAAUUUAUUACUACUGUGAUGUUGAGAGUGGCAGAUAUCAGUUCCAUUCACGAGUGGAUUUACAGUCUUAUGGAACUGGAACUACUCAGCACAGCAAAGACAGAAAAGGAAAAAAGAGAAGAAAAGAUGCAGAAUGGCUUAAGGCAAAUGAGCAUAAGGACUUGAACACAGAUGAGCAAAAGCCAUCCAGCAAUCUCAGUUGCAUUUCUACCACUAAUGAGCUAAGUUCUCCAGAAGAGGAAGAAUCUCCAAAUGUGAAAAAGGCUAAGGUGGACAUUGAAACAAAAAACAGCCUAAAAGCCAAAGAGUCAAUUACUGCAAAUGGCACCAAUUUACAUCUUAACAAGAACACACAAUGUACUGCAAUUAUAGAUGACAGUAAAACAGAGACAGAGAGUGAGCCUGAAGAAGGUGAAAUUACAGAUUCUGAACAGGAGAACUAUAGCAGUGAAGAUGAAGUAACGAGUGAAGAAACUGUAUAUUCAGAAGAUACUGACAGUGAAGAUGGUGACAAGAUUUGGCCUCCUUGUAUUAGAGUGAUUGUAAUUAGAUCACCAGUACUGCAGAUGGGAUCUUUGUAUAUCAUCACAGCUGUCAAACCUGCCACAAUUGGAAGAGAGAAAGGUAUGGAACACACGCUACAGAUCCCAGAGGUUGGUGUUAGUAAGUUCCAUGCAGAAGUAUACUUUGAUCAUGAAUUGCAAAGUUAUGUACUUGUGGAUCAAGGGAGUCAGAAUGGUACCGUGGUUAAUGGAAAUCAAAUUCUGCAGCCUAAAACAAAAAGUGAGCCACAUGUUCUGGAACACGGUGAUGAAGUGAAGAUUGGGGAAACUGUAUUAUCCUUUCACAUACACCCUGGCAGUGAAACCUGUGAUGGAUGUGAACCAGGACAAGUUAGAGCCCAUCUUCGCCUUGAUAAGAAAAAUGAAUCUUCUAUUUGCCCUACACUGACAAAAGAAGAAAAGGAAUUAGUUAGAAGAAAAGCAUUAAAACAAAUACGUGUAAAAUAUGGCUUACAAAAUACAGAAUACGAAAAUGACAAAGUCAUGAAAAAUCCAAAUUACAAAGACAGAGCAGGAAAGCGCCGCGAGACAGUUGGAAGUGAAGGCAACUUUCACCGAGAUGAUGCUCCAGCCUCUGUACAUGUUGAAAUUAGUGAUAGCAACAGAGGUCAUAAAAUGUUGGAGAAGAUGGGAUGGAAGAAAGGAGAAGGGCUUGGAAAGAGCGGUGGUGGAAUAAAGGAUCCGAUCAAACUUCAGCUGCACAGAAAGCAUGCAGGCCUAGGUGCAAGUACUCCUCUCUCUGCUGAAGAGGUUCAGAUAAUCAAUACUAAGAACAAAAGGAACUGGGAAAAAGCAAGAGAGAGAUUUGCAGAAAAUUUCCAGGAUUCUAAAACACCGAAAAACGUACCAAAGGAUCAGCCUUGGGUUAGAGAAACUGCAGAAUGAAAUUCAGAGUUUAAUUUCUUAACAUGUUUAAAUAGUUAAAAGAUUUUUAUUUUAUGCUAAAGUGGAAGCUGGGUUAUUUGUAGUAUAUUUCUUAAACUGCUGAAUAGGCUCAUUAACUGCAAUUCAUUGUUCAGUUUACAUGCUGUUUUUAUUUAAAGCAUACUUUUCAGCAUAAGAUAUGCAUGAAUUAGAAUGGCCCAGGUCUUGAUUGAAGGGAUUUUGAGAAUAGCAUUGUGGAACAUGUGGAUAAUUUAGGAGCGAAGUCACUUGCUCAUUGGUUGUUUUUAACCCACCAGGUCAGUGAAUGAAAUAGAAAUUUUUAAUCUGUUUUUGGACACUUAAUGGAUCUCAGUGUGUGGACUGAUGCAAAAAAAUGCCUUGUAAAUGUUAAAACUUUUUAGAUUUUUAGAAAACGAGCAGCACUGAUACACCUCACUUCAUUCAUAUAAUAUGAAAUUAACAGACUAACAAUGUGUUAGACAACAAUCCUAUUUUAAAUGUACUAUCACUGUUUUUGAUGAAGAAAUGUACAGAACUUUGUUUUUCUUCUGUGAAGAACUGUGAGGAUUGUAUAUAAAGCCUGUAGUACUCUACUGAGGUAGCAUGUUCAAAAACUGCCGUGAUAUUCAAAGCUGUUCUACACAUAAAGAAUUGCAUGGUACAGUCCUACUACAGAAUUCAUCUGGGAUACCAUAUACUUGCUGGGUUAAAGAAUUCUCUGAAAAGCUAGCAUACAUGGACAUCUCUACCCUAGUCUGAUUCAGUAUGUGCAGGGAAUUCUAUGGUAGAGGCGUUUAGUAAUGUAUUUUGCAGUGCUACAAACCAAGAGUUCUGUACCACAGUAUUCUUAAAAGUGUAGAUUAGCCUUAGUAAGUAGGCCACUAUCUGUCUUCAAGCUAUGCUGCACUAAGCCUUGAAAUCAAUGGGAUGGCUUAAAGUUUCAGCAGACUAGUACUAUUUAAUAAUCUAUUGGGCCUGUCAUGUAUCCAUUGCUGGCAAUGGAAUUUAGUCCAGGAAAAUUAGUUUUUCUUUAUUUUCUGCUUCAGAGCAGAAAUUGGAACACUUAUUUAUUGAAAUGUUAAUAAACCAGUGCUUUAAA